AGGGUGAGUCAGUUGUUUUUGAUACACGACACGUAGUGCACUAGAUAGGGUGCAGAGAAAUUGUUGCCGUAGAAACGACAUUUCCGCUCGCGCCGCUAAAGCGUCUCGUUGCAUGGAAACAGCCUAACUGAAAGCCACUAAGCCGAGAAACAUGGGCGGCUGUUUUAUUUACACUUUUUUUUUACAAACGAUAUCAUUACGAUUCUGAGAUUUACUUAGUCUCAGAGUUGUUUAUCUAGGUGUUCACUUCACUUGGGCUUCUUAGCUGGUUAUCUAAUCCUAUACCACAAUAUGGCGGGUGAUAUGAAGCGCAUUCCUGAGCUGGAGCAGGAGAAAUAUGACUCUGAUGAGCAGGUGAAGAUUAUCUGCCUUGGGGACAGUGCAGUGGGGAAAUCCAAGUUAAUGGAAAGAUUUCUUAUGGAUGGAUAUCGCCCUCAGCAGCUGUCCACCUAUGCACUGACAUUAUACAAAUACAGCACCACUAUCAAUGGCAAGUCUGUGUUGGUUGAUUUCUGGGACACCGCUGGACAAGAGCGCUUCCAGAGCAUGCACCCGUCAUACUACCACAAAGCACAUGCUUGUAUCAUGGUCUUUGAUGUCCAGAGGAAAGUAACAUACAAGAAUCUAUCCAACUGGUAUAAAGAGCUGAGAGAAUACAGACCUGAAAUUCCCUGUCUGGUGGUGGCUAAUAAAAUAGAUGCUGACAUGAGAAUGACACAGAAGAGCUUUAACUUUGCCAAGAAGCAGGGACUACCUUUCUACUUCGUAUCUGCUGCUGAUGGAACUAACGUAGUCAAGGUUUUUAAAGAUGCGAUAAACAUGGCUUUGUCUUACAAGAAGAACUCCAGCGACUUUAUGGACGUGGUCAUGAGAGAACUGGAGAACUUUGAUUUGGAGGGAAAAGAGGAUUCAGCUGAUGAAGACGAAGAAGAUGGAAAAGCGGACUGACGAUGCCGGCGUGUGGUGGGAGCCGAACGGUUUGUUUUGUGAUUUAGAGUGCUGUUAAAAUCACGGCUGCUCAUCCCAGCUGUCCUGAAGAGUUUACCAGCUGUACGUAACACAAAUGAAACCAGUCAGGACAAAGCUCUACCUCAUGUGUUGGAUCCAUCUCUGUGACCUGCUACAUGGAAUCCUGAAUGCAUAGGCUGUGCGCAUAAUACAAUUUUGUGUGGCUUUAGGUCUUAGAAACAUACUACAUAUACAAGUACAGUGUAGGUGUCAUAGGUACAGCAAUGUGUGGGUUUAUCACAGAUGUUUCAUAUUCUGGACAGAUGUUUCAUAUUCUGGACACAUUCUGGUUGUUCAGGAAGGCGAGUUGGCAGCCUUGGUGUAAUUUCACACUGCGUGCGCGCGCGCGUGUGUGUGUGUGUGUGUUAAUAUGUAGUAGUGAGGAGAGACCCUGCUAUUUGAUAUGUUUGUUUUUUUUUUCUUUUUUUCCCUUAUCAUGAUAUCGCUGUGGAAAACCUUGAUAACACUAUUGACAUUUUGCUUCAUUUUAGUAGUAUUUAUAUCGUGUAAAUGUAUGUUAAAUGUACUUGAAUCACAUUUUACAUUUUUUUCCAAGGGGUGUGUGAUGAUUCAGAUCCAGCAUCGGAAGGAUGUAUAAAUAGCUCAACAUUUUGUACAAACUGUGAAAAAAAGUGUGAAAAUCACAGAAAUCACUUCUGGCUGAUAUGACAUUGAAGUAAAAAGGGAAAACAUAUAUAAUUAUGUACCAUGCGUAUGUGUAAAUGGAACUGGAAAUGCACUCAUAUUGUGGCAUCAUAUUAACACAUCAUUCGGUGUUCAUUUAAGGGCAUCCUGAUUUGUGCUACAAUUAAACACUGUUGCUUUUAUUUA